AUGCCAUACCGCAUCGAAAUUGCUGCCCAGGGCCGCGCUGGCUGCAAGGCCUCCGACUGUGCCAAAGCGAAGGUCAAGAUCACCAAGGGUGAACUCCGUGUCGGUACCUGGAUUGAUGGUGCAGGCUUCCAGAGCUGGUCCUGGCGCCACUGGGGUUGCUUCACCCCCAAGCAAAUUGCAAAUGUCAAGAAUGACAUCACUGGAGACUCCGAGGAUCCUGAUUUCUCUCGCCUUGAUGGCUUCGAUGAGCUGAACGCGGACCUCCAGGCCAAGAUUCGCAAGGCCGUUGAAGAGGGUCAUGUCGAGGACGACGAGUGGAAAGGCGAUGUUACUUUCAACCGCCCUGGAUUUAUUGGCAUGCGUGCUCGGGCCCGCAAGGCCAAGGCUGAUGAGUCCGAGGAACCCGAGGAGCUCUCUCCUGCCAAGAAGCAUGCCAUGUCCGAUGCCGAGGAUCAGGACGAGGAGCCUGCCAAGAAGAAGAAGAAGCCUCGUACUAAGAAAGCUACCGAAAACGAUGAAGCCAUCGCUGAUGCUGCUAUCGUUGAUGCUGAGACCAAGGUGGCCAAGAAGCCUGGCCGUCCCGCCAAGAAGGCUGCUACUGAGCCAGCUGCCAAUGGCUCCGCCAAGAAGCGUGCUCCUGGCCGUCCCCCGAAGAAGGUCUCGGACGAAGAGAGUCCCGAUUCUGACGUCAAGGCUGAAGCUAAGAAGGUCGAGCCCAAGAAGGGUGGCCGCCGUGCCAAGAACGUUUCGGAUGAAGAGAGCCCUGUUCUCGAGACCGACAAGACCGAGAUCAAGAAGCGCGGUCGUGGCCGUCCUCCCAAGAAGCUUUCUGAGGACGAAGGUGCCGACGGUGACACUGAGAUGACUGUCGAGCCGAAGAAGCGUGCUACUCGUGGCAAGAAGGCCACCCAGGACGAAAGUGCCUCUGCCAACAAUGAGCUCAAUGGCGAGACUGCCAAGCGUGUGACUCGUUCCAAGAAGUCUGCUACCUCUGGGGCUACCGUCGCCGACAACUCUGACGAAAUUGAGCCUGCCGAUGAGGACCAGAAAAAGAAGGACUCAGACAAGACCGCCACUGGCGAGACCAAGGCGCGAGGAACUCGUGCAACUCGUGCUAACCAAGACAAGAAAGUUGUUAACAACGAUGCUACCCCUGUCGACAAGGAUGUCUCCUCUGGUGACAACGAGACUAGCCCUCGCAACGGCCAGACUAAGAAGUCUAAAACUGGCACCAACGGUGUAGCCGGCGCAACUAAGAAGGGCGCGAAGGCUACCAAGGAGGCCAAGGGUAGCGGAUUGGAUGCUUCUAAGGAUGCGAACGCUAAUGAAUCGACCGAGAAGUCUAAGCGCACUCGCGGUGCUAACAACAAGACCGACGAUAACAAUGCUAUCUCUGAGAACAAGACUAAGCAGACUCGCACCCGCAAGCCCGCUGCCACUAAGGCUACCCAGAAACCCACCCCCGAGGUUUCUGAGGCUGUCGAGACUGCCAAAGAGAAGCCCAAGACCAAAGGUCGCAAGUCAGCCGCCGCGAAGGUCACCAAUGAGUCCGUUGAGCAGGCUGUCCAGGAGCCCUCUGAGGCCCCCGCCGAGAAACCCGUUGAGAGCACCAUCAUGAAGUCCGAGGACGAGCCCGAUAAUGCUUCUCCUGAGAUCUCCGAUAAGUCCGCCGGGGACGCCACCGAGGAGCCCGCCGAGGAAACUAUCGAGAAACCCCUCGACUCUCCUCUGAAGCCCAUCAAGCCCGAGAUCACCGACGAUGACUUGUAA